UAAUUCUGUCGGCACCCGUGUCUAAUUCCGGCUAAGAUACUUGGGCGAAGCCUCGGGACUCGUGAUAAUUAUCGCCGCGAGAUGACGGCUGAAUGAAUGGCCACGCGUGUGCCAUUUUGUUGGCGUUCGACGAGCUAAAUUAUGCGGGCCAAAUUACAUUGUAUUACAUUGCACGUCGGCUUAAAUCGUCCCUAUCCGUCAAGUCGCUAUCGACUCAAUUAGCCUCAUUAAUCCGCCGUUCCGCUUCGCGAAGAUCCGUUGUUGGACCGAUCGCGACAAGCUUCACUCAGCCUGCAUAUCGCGUCCGCCUUGAACGGGUGUAUUUAACAAACGCUCUGUUUCUCUCCUCGACGAUCUUACUCGCUUAUUUUCGCUACGACGUGUCGGAGUCUUCGUUAUUAUUACUUCAUAUCGCGUCGGGUCUACAGUCUCGCGCGAUGCCAUAACACGAGGCCGAGGCUCGGUUUGACUUUAAAGCCCAAGCGACGACGACUACGAGGAAGAUAAGAAGAAGAAGAAGAAGAAGGAGAAGAAGAAGGGUUACGAACACCUUGAAGGAGAGGACGUCUUGCAUUAACAACCAGGAUAUUUGGUUUCUACUGCAAACUUGCUUAAACACCGCUCGGACCUCCAAAUUCAUCUCUACCAACUAUUUUCUCGCAGAAGAGUACAGAAAAACACUUGACUGGCGAGAUUGAGGACGUAUCCUUCGUUUUUUGUGCGAACGGAAAAAAGGGUCUUUUCGCACGGGAUAUUCUGUAUUGGCCGCGUUUAGUAGAACAAGUGAUCAGUAAGCGCUCAGUGAGCUCUUGCAUCUGAUUGGAAUAUAGUUGAAGAUCUAAAAGAAUAUGCCAAAUCAUAUACAAGAGCUCCCUGAGCGUUUACUGAUCACUUGUUCUACUGAACGCGGACAUUGCUUCAAACAAAGUUUUACCUCGGGGUCUACGAAACUCUACAGCCGGCAUUGCCGAGUGAGAUCUUUUGGAGCAGUAGUACAAGGAAGGGGGGCAUUGUGUAUGUGAGAGAGAGGGGGAAGAGAGAGAAAGAGAGAAAGAAAAAGCAGAGAGAGAGAAAGAGAGAGAAAGAGAGUUGGGGAAAGAGGAGGUAGUUGGUAGAUGUUCGUCAGCUGACGACGAUGCCGCGAGGAUGUCUCGUGGCUAUCGGUGAACAACGACGACGGCGACGACGACGACGACGACGCGGACGACGAGGAGCGUAGGUGUUCGUCCGGCUUGGUAGCGGGGUUGGAGGGUCGUCUGGAGUUCGAGGAUGUUCGGAACAGAACGCUCGUCGAAGGGCAGUUUCCUGCAGCAGAAGAAGGCCGCGAGAGAAGACCGGGCCCACGAAAAGCGCAGGGAGGCCGCGGCCACCCUGAUCCAGGCCCAUGUCAGGACCUGGCUGGCUCGCGUGCGCUUCACCAAACGGAUACUCGAAGAGUUCGACAACAACUUUCUCGAUGACACCGGCACAGAGACCGCGAGUGUGGAAUUGAAGCCGGCUCUGGAUGUAUACAGAAUUAUCUCUAGAUUUUUGUUAGUACAUAAAAGAGAGAGGGAUCAAGACAGAGUAGAGAGAGUCUGUAGAUACCUCGUGCUGACUCUCGACUCAGAAUCACCGAAAAUAUCCUACGUUGGAGUCGCACUCAACAAAGAUCACUACAUAUCAUGGAUAUCGCAGAUGAAGACGGUCCUGUAUCACUGCCUCUGCGGCCUGGAGAACCUCAAGCCGGAGAGGGUGGCGGACCACAAGUCCAUAUUGCUGCGUCUACACACUCUGGUGAGCUUCACGUCAUCAAGCACGUGGGCUAUCCAGAGGGUAAAGGGCAUGGACAAGCUGAAGACUGGCAUGAACCAGCUAUGUGCAAACAUCAUGGGUCAUCUAGUUAACAACGGAUUUUACGCCAUCAUGCAGGCUUUGUUAGUGAAGGGUUUAGGAAGAGCAAAGAUCGCUCUGAAACCGGUCACACUUUCAGCGGCUGUUACCUUGACUCUAAGGCCGCUGAUCUCUUCGCAAAUGUCGGACAAGCUAGUGUCCUUAUUCUUAAUUAACAUCUUCAGCGUGCCAGCGCUGGUCCAUCACUUGAACAUUCUAUCGCCGGAGUGCAUUUCGUCCUUCAUUACAAACAAUCUAUUCGCGAGGAGUUUGGAGUUACUAAAUUCAGAGCAAAACCUGAGGAUCGUCUUUAACGCUCUAGAAGGGAGUUACGCGCUCUGCCUGCUCGCGAAUCUAAUACAACUGGCGAAUAUCGAAAGGGAGGAGAUGUUGAGAGAGCUCUACUUCCCUUCUUUCACGUUCGUCGUGACGAAGAUGUUGGAAGCGUGUCAACAAUACGUGGUCGCUAAACAGAGCAACUUGACGCACUGGCAUCCCGUGCUGGGUUGGUUCGCACAGACUAUCGACACGUCCUUGCAGGAUGCUAUUCCUUCGGUGAAAUUGCAACUAGCCUGCCUAUGGACCGGCAGAAUUGUCUCGCAACUGAUCGAGCAGCCACUGACCGAACUCGUUGAGAAAGAGGUGCCACCCACGGUGGAGCAACAGAGCACCUCCGUAGGCGCCAACAUUUUCCGACGAGCGUUCUUGGAGGCGCGCACCAACAGGAAUAACAGCACCAAGAACUACAGGAAGCUGGGCAGCCCCGAAACCACCAAGAUAGCUUUGAUCUGCUCCUUAUACCAAACGGCGCUGCACACUCUCACGCAGAUGAAGGUGGAGAUAUUGACUGGUCUAUGCUAUCAGGACAAAAUUCUCUACCACAUGUGGUUGUUUCUGGGCACCCUGGGACCACACUGCGGCCUGAAGGCGUUCUUGGAUCUUUUGGCGGCCAACACCAAGUGCACAGCGCCUGAGUUCCAGAUGCUCAUACUGUUCUCCGAUUGUAUGACGCAUUACGUGACUAUUCUCGACGAUAUGGAGAUGUAUGAGCAGCAAGACCCUUUCAAGCUCACAGAUUUCGUCACCAUAUCGUACUUUCUCAAUCAGUUUUUAUACAAAGCGGUUCUUACUAAUCUAUUCGAUGUGAAGUCGGUGUCCAGCAAUCCUCUGUUCACCUCGCUUCACACUCUUCUCAUGGCUAUCUACCGACGUGAUUGUCGCCGCACGUUCUGCCCGGAAGGCCACUGGCUGGCCAAGGAAGUGCGAGUGUCCACCUUCAUCGCCGACCUGGAAAAAGGUCGACGUGGUGCGGCGCUCUUACUCUCCAAGAUGCCCCACGUUAUACCUCAUUCCGAGCGAGUCGUGUUAUUCCGCAAACACAUAGCUGAUGAGAAGGCAGUGAUGGGCUUGACCGAAAGCGCUUGCAACAGUCCACCGACCACUCUCAUCGUCGUGCACAGGACGCGAAUAGUCGAGGACGGAUACAGACAACUAGCCAUGUUGCCGUCGCAGGCGCUCAAAGGUGUGAUUAGAGUACGUUUCGUGAACGAACAAGGCUUGGCCGAAGCAGGUAUCGAUCAGGACGGGGUCUUCAAGGAAUUUCUCGAGGAGACAAUAAAACGGGUGUUCGACCCAUCUCUAAAUCUGUUCAAAGCCACCAGCGAAAACCGACUUUACCCAUCUCCCACGUCUUUUAUGCAGGACAAUCACUUGCAACUGUUCGAAUUCGUCGGGCGAAUGCUCGGUAAAGCAGUUUACGAGGGAAUCGUCGUGGAUGUGCCUUUCGCGUCGUUUUUCGUCUCCCAAUUUUCUGGGCAGGCGGGCGGCGCGCUGUACAGCUGGCUCGACGAGCUCGCGUCUCUGGACCGCGAUCUAUAUCGCAGUCUAACUCUGGUGAAGCAUUACAAGGGCGACGUGAGGCAGCUUGAACUGACGUUCUCGCUGGACGAGGACGUGCUCGGCAAGCUGGUUACGCACGAGCUAGUCCCCGGCGGACGUACUACCGCGGUUACCAACCAGAACAAGAUCCACUAUAUCCAUCAUAUGGCGCACUAUAGAAUGCACCAUCAGAUCAAGGAGCAAACGACAGCCUUCAUCAAAGGCUUUCGUUCGAUCAUCAAUCCCGACUGGCUCUCGCUGUUCUCUACGCCCGAGUUACAGAGACUGAUUUCGGGCGACAAUGUUCCCUUGGAUUUGCGGGACCUAAGGAGGCAUACGCAAUAUUACGGUGGCUUCCACGACAGUCAUCGAGUAGUGUGCUGGUUGUGGGACAUUUUAGAGAAGGACUUUACGGAAGAGGAGAGGGGUUUGUUCCUGAAGUUCGUGACAAGUUGCUCCAAGUCGCCGUUGCUGGGUUUCGCUUACCUGGAGCCACCUUUCUCCAUACGGUGCGUGGAAGUUUGCGACGACGAAGACACCGGCGACACUAUCGGCAGUGUGAUCAGAGGUUUCUUCACGAUUCGCAAGAAGGACCCGCAGAACCGACUGCCCACCUCGUCCACGUGUUUCAACCUGCUCAAACUGCCCAAUUACCAGAAGAAGAGCACACUGCGCGAGAAGUUACGUUACGCCGUCACCAGCAACACCGGCUUCGAGCUCUCCUAGAUCCCUCGAGUGCGCGACUUUUCCCUGCAGAGUCGAGGAACCGAUCAACGCAUUUUCGCACGAAUUUCUCGCGCGAUACCGUGAUCGUGUAGGUAUCUGCUCUCUCAGCAGGAUAAUGACAUUCGAUCAGACUAAAAUUUGCGCGAGGCUUCAAUGAGUGCGAGCUCACUCAUACGUUGAAUGCAUCGUGGAGCCGAUUCUCGGGACUGACGAUGACUUUUAGCAAGAAGAAGAUCGAAGCGUGCCUAAGCUGCCCUUACACCGACGCAGGCUGAUUCGGUUUGAACACUUCGAUCUUUAGGUGACGCGAAGUUGCUUGUAAAGAGACUAGAGAAUGCCAAUUCUCUUCAAGCGCGUUGUAUUUCCGACGAUUUCGCAGUUUCAGCGUUGCUCGACGACGAGCAUGGAUUGUAUCGCGAGAGAGAAUAUGUACAAUAUAAGAAUAUAUGUUAAUAAAGUUCGCGGAUACAAGAGAGAGAGAGAGAGAGAGAGAGAGAGAGAGAGAGAGAGAGAGAGAGAGAGAGAG